AUGGGGAGUUAUGCCGAGACAGCACGGAUGUUCAAGCUGAGACGAUCCCUGAACCAGCUGGACUUCUUUCAUCGACAGAAGGAGCAUGAUGUGCUGAAAGCCAGGGAAAAGUUAAAAGUCUGCUGUCAGAACAUUGCUGAUAUUGAAAACCAGAGGGACAAAGUAGAAGAGGAAAUAAAGCAACAGAAAAAUGCAGAUAACAGUGCGAUGGUGUUCUGUAUGCAAGCCCAGCACAAGCGGCUGUGUCAGGAGCUGUUGAGAGAAGAGGAACUGAUGGCCCAUAUUAACACCACUCUGAAUCAACAAGAGCAAGAGCUAUAUAGGGUUGAGGUGGAGCUUGGAAAAGUCUCCCUUCUCCGACAGGAGGUGGUGAAGAAAGAAGGGGUCUUCCAGGCCCUGAAGACCCAGCGGGCAACAGCACAACUGCACCGGAAGAAUAAUGCAACUCAUAACCAACAGUGCAAGAUAAAGCAUCUCAAAGAUAAGGUGGCCAUCAACAAAAGAGGAAACAUUCAAUCUCAGAGUACAAUUCAAGAAGCCCAGGAAUGCCACAAAACAGCUGCCAAGUACCUGAAAGAGACCAUUAAAAGGAUGCGUCAGCAAGAAGCCGAGAAGGAGCAGCAGAGCAGGGAGAUAAUGCAAAAAAGGAUACAGGCUGUGAAGUCACUAAAGACAAGCAUAGCAGCCACCCAAGAGAAUAUUCGGGUCCAGCAAAGCAAAGCCAAGGCUAACUCCCAGAAGAAAGAACAGGAGGAAAGACGACUCAGAGAAUCCCUGCAGGCCCAAGGCAUCAAUAGCAUCAAGUCUGCCUACCAACAAAAGCAACUAGAGGAGUUCCAACUAAAAAAACAGGAAUAUGAGGAGAGGCAGAAGUCAAAGAGGGUGGAGAUUGUGGCGAAAAUCCUUGGGGAAGAGCAGUUUGCAAGAAGAAAUAAGAAGCGCCUGGCAUUACUAUCCCACCCCAUCCCCAUGAACAAGGCCCUGCAGUACCUGGAUCCCAAACCUCCACCAGCCAAGUCAAGUCAAGCCAAGGAGGAGAGAGCCACAAGAAAAGAUCUCAGUGACAGCAGCAGCUCUUCUUCGGACGACGCCAGCACAGAGGACCUGCAAGAGUCCUUGUACCAGCAGGGGGAACAGUGGAUUGAUGAAGACCUUGUUGCGCCUGAAUUUGGUGGACUGUGGGAUGAGACUUAUAAGAAGGGCUUGAAUGUGGAGACUGUGGAUAAGUUGCAGGAAAAGGAAGCAAAACAGGAAGUGCCCCAGAAACCCGCCGAGAAGCUCACCAUGCCUGCUAAAAAUAUUGUUUGUAGGAAAGAGAUGAAAGGGCCGCCAUUCAUCAGUAAACCAGAGGUCAUCCACUUCAAGGACUUUGAGGUGGGGAAAACAUACAAGAGGAAGGUCAUCCUGACCAACGUCAGCUACACAACAAACUACUGCAAACUUUUGGGGGUCUCCACACAGCUGAUGGAUUUCCUCUCUAUCAGCUUCAAACCUCCUGGCUCUUUGUCGGCUGGGAUGUCUUGUGACGUGCAGGCUGUUUUCCAACCUACGAUCAAUAAGGACUUGGAAGGAGAGGUACAGUUCAUCUCAGCCACGGGCCCUUUCUCUGUGCUCAUCAGAUGCACAAUAAAGAAAUGUGAUCUGGAGGUGGACAGCCACCUCAUUGAUUUUGGCACGCACGUGGUGGACCAGACCGUUUCACGGACUAUCACCUUGACCAACAGGGGGGCCUUGGGCACCAUGUUCAGCCUGGACAUCUCCACAUGCCCAGAAAAUAGCCAGGGCCAGAUGCCAUCCCAGUCAUCUACCAGCAUGCAACAGGAGACGAGCAAUCAAGACAUGUCUUUCCACACAUCGCCCAACCAGAAGAGCUCUUCUCUUAGGAGCAUCCAAGAUGUUGGAUCAAAUCAAGAGGAUCAGGAGCUCUCAAUGGAUUCACAGCAAAAGGAAUCAGCCACAUUAGAGGCAUCAUCUCCACGUCCAGAGUCUGCUAUUAGUGCUGGUGGCAAUGAGGUCGAUGUGUUCUUGGAGCAAACAGAAGCCCUCAUAGACCAAAUAUGCUCAGACACUAGCAACUUCACCUUUGGAGAGGAGAGAGGAGAGAUCGGUCCUUUUGACAGUAUCAAGCUGGAGAUCAUGUUCACACCAACUAUUCCAGGGGUGGCCAAGUUGGAUUUCCACAUCAAGUUCUCAGAUUCAACAUGCAAACCAAUUCCUAUCAAGGUGAGGGGCCUUGCCAUUGAUGUGCCUUUAUGGGUGGUUCAGCCCAGCAUCGAUCUGAAGAUCUGCAUGUUUGACCACCUCUAUCAAGACAGCAUUAUCGUCCAAAGCAGGGCUAACACUGCCCUGAGGCUGACGUUUGUGGUGUGCCCUGAAAUGCAAAACCACAUCAAGAUUCUACCAAAGACAGGCUUCAUCAAGGCUAAAUCCAGCUUCCACGCCCAGCUCAAGUUCCUGCCCAGCUGCAUGUUGUCUGAGGAUGCAAAGAGGUUUUUUGACAGAGACACUGGAGUUUUGGAGGUCCCUAUGACAGUGCAAGUCGCUGACCAGAUGAGGCCUGUGCCCUUCACAGUGCAUGCAGUCGUCACCUCCUCUGACCUGCAGUUUGAUUGCAAUGAGGUAGACUUUGGCUACUGUUCCAUUUACCAGUCUGUCAAGACCAGCGUCCGCCUUACCAACCUCUCCCUGCUGCCCCAGGACUUCGGCUUCAUAGGACUUCCAGAGUUCAUUGAGGUCCAGCCCAAUGAUGGCUUUGGCACUCUGCUCCCACUAGAGUUCCUGGAGAUCGAUCUGAUAUUCAGUCCCAAGAAGGCUAAAGAUUACCUCUUUCGGCUCAACUGCAAAUCUGGAAUCAAUAGAGAUUUCCCCCUCUCAUGCCGAGGAGUGGGCAUCCACCCUCCAGUGCAGCUGUCCCACUCCCUGAUACAGUUUGGGGCCACGGGGGUAGGAGGCCACGCCAUCACUGUGUUCUAUCUGAUACACUCCCUCACUUGCCGUAACCAGUCUAGCCACGCAGUGACUCGGGUGGGCAGAGAGGCCGAAGCCCCUGAAGGAGCCAGAUUGUUCUCCUUCACUGACCCCGAGGACUCUGGGAUCACCAUCAGACCCUCUGCAGGACGACUGCUGCCUGGAGAGAGAUGCCUGGUCCAGGUGAUGUUCAGACCCAGACUAUCAGAGCAGGAGAUCAGGGAGGAGGCGGCGCGUCUCCUGCACCACACUCAGUUUGUCCGACAGGAGGAACUGGAGAGGAGCGGCGUUGAGUUAAGACAAGACACUGAACACAGGACUAAAACAGAGAUGCAAGGUGAGCCCAGCAAAAGAAAGAAAGUGCCCCCACCCCAGCCCCAAGAAAGGCAGGCUCUGAAUCCAAACAACCAAGAGGGGGCCGCCAGCCUCGGGAAUGAGAAGCUCCUCACAUUCACCAAUCCUGCAGACAUACAGCCAGGGUCAGAGGCGUACGAGGAAGGCAGGGCCUCUCUGCUCUACUCAUUCACCCAGCGCUACAGCCGCUACACCAUCCCCUGCUUUGUGUCAGAUGAAGACCCGCCGCCAGAGGACCGGCAGGCUAAGCCAUCAUGGAGUCCCCUCAAUACGCUUUACUUGGAGCUGCAUUGUCCUGCCGUACAGCCCCCUCUAGUGGUUACAUCAGGCAAUGGACAGACCACCAUCAACUUCAAUCAAGUGGCAGUGGGUGACAAAGUGGUCAAGAAUGUUACGGUUCAGAAUAUUUCCAGGGAAUUUCUGGAUCUGAGUUCAUCGGUACUGGACCUGAGAGGUCCUUUCUCUCUGCUCAACGCUCUCAGAUGCAUCGGACCUGGAGAAAGACAUAUGCUGCUGCUUGCCUUCACUCCCACUCUGAGCAAGAAGCACUGUGAGACUCUGGAUGUCCACAGCCCAAAUAUGACAGUGGAGUUGACUUUGUGUGGGGAGGGAGUGGACCCUGCCAUCACCUGCAGCCCCCCUGGAGACCUUCUCGACUUUGGCUACGUGUUGGAGAGGGAGAGCGCCUCACAAGUACUACAGCUGCAGAACGGCUCGUCAGUCAGGGUGCGCUUCAGGGUGUCGCUUGCCAGCCUGUGCAGGCCUGAAAAGGGAGCAGACUGCCUGCCUCUUGCAAACAUCAGUUAUCCAGACACACAGAUUCAUCCUGCUGUGGGAACUCAGAACCACAGCGGGCUGAGUGUGUUCAGCGUUACACCCAUGGAGGGCUUCAUUGCUUCAAAAGGGAGCCAAGCCAUAACCAUCACUUUCCAGCCUGACCACCAGUCAGUCAACUAUUAUGAUAGAUUCACCGUAGAGCUAAUGAAAAAGAAUAUUGUGUGUGUGAUGGAUCUGAGGGGAGCUGCCUGCUCCCGCACCAUGUUCCUGUGUGGAGGAGACCCUCUGGCAGUGUCUACUGAAGCCCUGCCCCCUGUGCUGCUACCCAGCGACCCUGAACUCACAAAGUCAGAGACAUUGGAAAAGCCCAGCAUGCCUGUGCUGCUGACCCUGCGUGCCGUCUACAGCAAGGGGGCCAUGAGACCUGCUGUCAGGCAGCUAGAGGUGGGCUGCAUCCACACAAUGCGCCCCAUCAAGAAGAAUGGUGAGUUUCACUGGGAUGGUUUGGCUGCCCUGCAGCAGAGGGGCUUCACCGUGGAGCCCAGUAGAGGCCUGGUGGAGGCAGGCCAGAGAUGCUCCAUCACUGUCACAUGGACUCCCCCUAGUGGAUACAAGCUAAACGAGGUGGUGCAGAUGUGUGUGCCACUCACCCUAAAUGGAGAUGAGCCAGAGAUAUACCGUGUCACACUGUUGGCCACGGUGUCCAUACCUGUUAACUAG